AUGGACUCACUAAUCUGUAGGAUUUGUCUAGAUAAACCUGGUACUAUAUCUGUUUUUGAAAAUGAACCUGACAACAUACAGUAUGCCGCAAAAUUGAUGCGUUUAGUCAAUAUUAUGGUCGCUGAAGAUGAUGGCUUGCCUAAUAUGAUGUGCGAUAGCUGUGCAAAUGAAUUGUCUUUAUCAUAUCAGUUUGUUCAAAAGUGUGAAGCCUCCGAUAAAGCAUUGCGAUGCCUUAGUGCUCCAAUAGAACUAUAUUCAGACCUUCAAACAGAUAUCGAGCUAAGUAUUAAAGAAGAAGAUAUCAAACAUGAGCUAGAUGAUUGUGAUAACCAAGAUGAUAGUUUUACAAAUAAUUUCUUAUUAGAUAAUUGCUCAAAAGAUUAUUUUAGAGAUAAAAAUGAAAGUUCUGCUAUACAAAGCAAUUGCGAGACUAAUAUUACAAUAGAAUUAGAAAAAAAUACAGAAAACCAAGAUAUUGACAAAAUCAAAAAUUCUUUAAUAGAAGCGAGCGAUAAGACUGACCUUAAAGGAUAUAAAGCUGCUAGAGGUAAAUUUCGUCAAAAGAAAAUAAAACGAGGGAAACUAGGGCCAAUACAAUGUGUUAUUUGUGGGCAUAUGGCCUCAAGUCCAUCAGCUAUGGAGAUUCACAUGAGAACUCAUACUGGAGAAAAACCUUUUAUUUGUAAUUUAUGUGGCUCAAAAUAUCCUACUAAAGGCUCUCUAAAAAGACACAAUGAAACAUAUCACUCUGCUAGAGAGCGUAAAUUUACUUGUGAGACGUGUGGCAGCAGUUUCUUUAGAAAGAAUGAUAUAAUAACACAUAUGCGAGUACAUACCGAUGAACGACCAUAUGUCUGUCUUUAUUGCUCUAAAAGAUUCCGUCAAGUAGCAUCCAGAAACCGCCACCAAAGAGUCCAUACUGGUGAAAAACCUUACCCAUGCCCUGUAUGCAAUAAGACAUUUGCCCACAAAAGUCUUGUUAAAAAACAUCAAAGUGUACACAGUGAUGAGAAGAAGUAUUCCUGCCAUUUAUGUAACAAGUCAAUGAAAUCCCGUACAGCAUUAAAUGUUCAUAUCGGUCUUCAUACUAAUGAAAAGCAAAAUGUUUGUAGCUUUUGUGGAAUGGCAUUUGCUAUGAAAGGCAAUUUGCAAACUCAUAUUCGCCGAAUUCAUUCUGAAAAAUCAGGACAGUGUUCUGUAUGUUUAAAAACAUUUUCAGACUUAGAGGUUCAUAUGCGAAAACAUACAGGGGAGAAACCAUACAUUUGUGGCAUUUGUAAUGCCGCAUUUGCUGUGAAACGGAGUCUCGCACAUCACAUGAUGUUUAAACACGAAAAUGCUGGCAAAUUUAAAUGCUCCAUUGGUGACUGCAUAAAAACCUUCCCAACAGCCACCAUGUUAGAAUUUCAUCUAUUAAAACAACAUACUAAUCACACCCCAUAUAUUUGUCAGCAUUGCCCUCGUAGAUUUUUCCGGACCAGUGACCUCUCUCGUCAUUUAAGGGCUAGCCAUAUGGAUAUCAAUUUUAAACCAUCAUUGAAAACUUUGCUGCCCAAACCUAUACCUUAUAGC